AUGACAAAGGGUUAUAUGGCAUGUCCAAAUUGUAACAAACACACAUGUUCUUGUUAUUUGAGUCAUGGAAAGAAGAUAUGUUACUUGGGAGCUCGUAUUUUUUUGUCAUCCGAACACGCUUAUAGGAAGCGUUAUAAGCAAUUUAAUGGUGAGAAGGAAGAAAGACAGCCACCAAAGCAGUUGACUGGUGAUGAUAUUCUAGAACAACUUAAUCUCAUACCCGAGGUUAGAUUCAGAAAAGGACCAAACAAUAAGAAGCGGACUCGUGGGAAGGAGGAACUUAAUUGGACAAAAAAGAGUAUAUUCUUUGAAUUGCCUUAUUGGAGAACACUUUUGUUGCGGCACAACUUGGAUGUUAUGCACAUAGAGAAAAACAUAUGUGAUAACGUAUUGGGGACAUUAAUGAACAUUGAAGGAAAGACGAAAGAUACGUUCAAAAGUCGGAUGGAUUUAGAAGAAAUGGGUAUUAGAAAAGAACUUCAUCUUAGGCGUAAUGGUGAGAAAUUUGAGAUGCCACCUGCGCGUUACAUAUUGUCAAAGGAUGAAAAAAGGCAAUUGUGUGAUUGGUUAAAGUCGGUGAAAUUCCCAGAUGGUUAUGCGUCGAACAUAAGCCGUUGUGUGAAUGUCAAUGAAUGUAAGAUAUCUGGAUUGAAAAGUCAUGAUUCACAUAUUCUCUUACAGCGUCUCCUCCCUCUAGCUAUACGGGGAUUGUUACCCGUUGAUAUUUGUAAUGCGAUAGCAGAGCUUGGUUUAUUCUUUAAGGAGAUGUGUUGUCGGACCCUUAAAAUGGAUGUCUUAGAGGCAUUAGAAAGGGACAUUGCUAUUAUAAUAUGCAAGUUAGAGAUGAUAUUUCCUCCAUCAUUUUUUGACAUAAUGGUGCACUUAGCUAUGCAUUUGCCACGUGAGGCUAUCAUCGCAGGACCUGCCCAAUAUCGGUGGAUGUAUCCCAUUGAAAGGUUUUUACAUACUCUUAAGUCUUAUGUGCGUAAUAAGGCACGUCCUGAAGGGUCCAUUGCCGAAGCUUAUGUGGACAAUGAAUGUGUUACAUUUUUCUCAAGGUUUCUUCAAAGGAUUGAGACACGAUUUAAUCGAGAAGAAAGAAAUCACGAGGGCGACUAUCGUACCAAUUGGUCCACUUUUUCACAGCUAAGGCAAGUGGUUCGUCCUUUAGGGUCUGGAAGUUUAGAAAUAUUUGACAUUGCAAGCAUACAAAAGGCUCGAUUCUACGUGUUAAAUAAUUGUCCAGAAAUUGAGUCAUACGCACUUGCACACAAGGCUACACUUGAGCAAGAAAACACGGUUAAUGUACAAUCCAGACACGCAAAAGAAUUUCCCAGAUGGUUGGAAACACUGAUAAAAGAAGAGCAUUAUCAUAACAAGUCAACAAUUAAUGAUGACCUUUAUUCAUUAGCGUGUGGACCUGAAUCUCGGAUACAUCGAUAUUCUGGUUGCAUUGUAAACGGAGUUAGGUUCCAUACAAAGGAAAGGGAGAGAAAUCGAAGAACACAAAAUAGUGGUGUGUCAGUCAAAACAGAGGACCUUGAUUACUAUGGCGUCUUGACAGAUAUCAUUGAGUUACAAUACCCUUUGAAAAGGCGGGUUGUCCUAUUUAAAUGCGAUUGGUUCAACACAAAGACUGGUAUUAAGAGUGAUACUUAUUUUAGGAGCAUAAACAUAGCCCGUAAAUGGUACAAAGAUGAGCCUUUUGUGUUGGCUAAUCAAGCUAAACAAGCCUUCUUCGUCAAAGCAGCAAAUUACGAGGGACGUGGGAGGUCAUUCAAGAUAUAA